AUGGAUACUUAUAACCUCCAUACAUCGCCGUACCAGGCCCCACUCCCACCGUGCAAGGCCGCAGGGCCCUUCGGGCCUCCGCGGCUGCGGGGCGGUGGGAAAAGGGCAACCCGAGCGAACUCUGGUCGGCGCGAAGGGCCGCCAGGGAAAAGUAUUGUCCUUACGUCCGAAUUGGCGCUCGGCGCGCUGGGGCAACCCCAGGCCUCGCCCCGCCCCCAGCCCGCAGCCCCUCCCUCGCUUCCCCCUCCUCUGGGUCUCCGGGUGUUGGGCGGGCGGGCGGGCGCUGCGGCGGCAGCGGCGGCUGCUUCCUCGGGCCAUUUUGCUGAGGAGCUUCGGGGAGGAGGAGCUGCCGAGGAGACCCAAGGCGAGGAGCGGCGAGCCAGAGGAGGCGGCGGCCGCGCGCGCACCGGGCUUCUCCUCGAUCGCGGGGAUCUCAAGGGGCGAAGGGAUCGCCGGGGAGGGGGACCGGAGAGCCGCGCCCGCCGCGCGGCGCGCCCCUUCCCGCCCCCUGCCUGCACCAUGAGCUGGGGCAUCGAGCUCUGGGAUCAAUUUGACAACUUAGAAAAACACACACAGUGGGGAAUUGACAUUCUUGAGAAAUACAUCAAAUUUGUAAAGGAAAGGACAGAGAUCGAACUCAGCUAUGCAAAACAACUCAGGAAUCUUGCAAAGAAAUACCAACCUAAAAAGAACUCGAAGGAGGAAGAGGAAUACAGGUAUACAGCAUGUAAAGCCUUCCUUUCCACCCUGAACGAAAUGAACGAUUACGCCGGGCAGCACGAAGUUAUCUCCGAGAACAUGACCUCACACAUCACCGUGGAGCUAGCCCGCUACGUCCAGGAACUGAAGCAGGAGAGGAAAUCGGCACGUCAGCAAGCUCAAGUACGUCACCAAAUGGCCGAGGACAGCAGAGCCGAUUACUUGUCAAUUCUCCAGAAAUUCAACCACGAGCAGCACGAAUAUUACCAUACUCACAUCCCCAACAUAUUUCAGAAAAUACAGGAGAUGGAGGAAAGGAGGAUACUGAGGAUUGGGGAGUCAAUGAAGACCUACGCAGAAGUUGAUCGGCAGGUGAUUCCGAUCAUUGGGAAAUGCUUGGAUGAAAUAGUAAAGGCGGCCGAAUCGAUUGAUCAGAAGAAUGAUUCGCAGCUGGUCAUAGAAGCUUACAAGUCCGGCUUUGAGCCUCCCGGGGACAUUGAAUUUGAGGAUUACACUCAGCCGAUGAAGCGCACUGUGUCAGAUAACAGCCUCUCGAAUUCCAGAGGAGAAGGCAAACCGGAGCUCAAAUUUGGUGGCAAAUCCAAAGGAAAGUUGUGGCCCUUCAUCAAAAAAAAUAAGCUUAUGUCCCUUUUAACAUCCCCCCAUCAGCCUCCCCCUCCUCCCCCUGCCUCUGCCUUACCCACUGCUGUUCCCAACGGCCCCCAGUCUCCCAAGCAGCAAAAGGAACCCCUCUCCCAUCGUUUCAACGAGUUCAUGACCUCCAAACCCAAAAUCCACUGCUUCAGGAGCCUAAAGCGUGGGCUUUCUCUCAAGCUGGGCGCCGCGCCAGAGGAUUUCAGCAACCUCCCGCCUGAGCAGAGAAGGAAAAAGCUGCAGCAGAAAGUCGAUGAAUUAAAUAAAGAAAUUCAAAAGGAGAUGGACCAAAGAGAUGCCAUCACAAAAAUGAAAGAUGUUUACCUAAAGAAUCCUCAGAUGGGAGACCCAGCCAGCCUGGAUCACAAAUUAACAGAAGUCAGCCAAAAUAUAGAAAAACUGCGGCUAGAAGCCCAGAAAUUUGAGGCCUGGCUGGCCGAGGUGGAAGGCAGGCUGCCAGCGCGCGGCGAUCAGGCCCGGCGCCAGAGCGGAAUGUACGAGGCCCAGAACCCGACCACGGUCAACAACUGCGCUCAGGACCGCGAGAGCAGCCCGGAUGGCAGUUACACGGAGGAGCAGAGUCAGGAGAGUGAGGUGAAGGUGCUGGCCACGGAUUUCGACGACGAGUUUGAUGAUGAGGAGCCCCUGCCUGCCAUUGGGACUUGCAAAGCCCUCUACACGUUCGAAGGGCAGAAUGAAGGAACCAUUUCAGUAGUGGAAGGAGAAACGUUGUACGUUAUAGAGGAAGACAGAGGUGACGGGUGGACCCGCAUCCGGAGGAACGAAGAAGAGGGUUAUGUCCCCACUUCGUACGUCGAAGUCUAUUUGGACAAAAAUGCCAAAGAUUCCUAGAGGCCUCGGGGAGCCUUCCCAGGAGAAACCCUCCGGUCUGCUUGUCUCCACAGGCCUGGGCGCCUGCGCUAGGCUGGACCGUGGCCCUGGACAUCUCAGCCUGAAGUGACAUUCCUCCCCCGCCCCACCCCCCCCCACCCCCCCCCCCACCCCCCGCCACGUAGCUGCUUGCCUUUUUCUUUUUCUUUUCUUUCGACAGCAUGCCCCUCGUGGCCCUGCUCCUUCCGUGGCCCAGUCCGGCCACCUCUGCGGGGAGCAGGUCUGUCCCUGUCCCCACCACACACAGGGCCACGGAAGGCAGCUAGACACGUGUUCCCCCCUCCCCGGGCUCCCGCCUCGGCCCUCAGUCUACCUGGAGCAUCCUGGCCCGUCCAUGGUUCACACUGUGCCUUUCGUGAAAACUUUGCCACUGGUCGCCCCCCCCCCCCCCCCCGCCCGGGAGACUAACAAAAUCUGGAUGAGGAAGGCCAAGUGCACACCAGGUGGACUGAGCGCCCGAAUGUCACUGACGUGUUCCCGUGUCCCGAGUCUGUUGAGUAUUCAGUGGUCCUUUUCUGGUUAUGGGUCCUCACCUCGCCCCAAACACUGGCCCUUGCAACAUGUCAUGGCCCGAGAGCGGCCACGGGGGCAUGCACACGCAUGCACGCGCGCACCCCCCCCCCGUGCACGCUCAGCACACACGCAUUUUUAUCUGGGGCCCAUGCUCAGUGGCCUGGAAAGGUCUGGACUGGACGUCCUAUACCAGCCCGGGGGCCACGCACAAAAGCCUGCAUCCACCCACCUUCUCCCUGUCGUCUCCCUCGUUAAUGAGCACUGUGGACCCUGGCGCUUUACGAACGAGGGUCUCGCCUCGGCGUUAGCUGGUCGCAGGGCGAAAAUUCCCGUCUUUCCAUGAAUUCCGAGAUGUGCACCUUAGGGUUUUAGCGCUUUCCUCACCAAAGACCCUGUGCUGCCCGUGGCUCCGGCUUCUGUAUGUUCUCACGUGUUCUGCAGGCCACGGAGACUGGACUGCGUUUGCCUCUGGAGCUAAGUUUCCCGCCCCUUGCGGAUCCUUGGGGACAACGUGAGGCCAUGUAGCCUGUGGCCACUCAUGCCUUAGAGCAGCGCAGCGUUCCUUCUUUUCUGGUGCAGAAACAGUCGGGAGAAAUCACUGGCUGGGAGUGUCUGUGGACGAGACCCCAUCCGAAGCCCAAGAAGGAAAUCGGGCCUCUUUCUUGUCUCGUUUGGCUUUCGGUAACUAGGCGGUCGCCUCGAACCUCCUCAAUUUUUCUCGACAUUUACGAAUCUAAGACCAGGGUGUCUUCUGGGAGCUGAAGGGACAGGGACAGGGACAGAAACGGGCAGGUGCUAAGGGCUUGGGCCUGUGUCCAGCGGCCCCAAAGAUGGCUCCUCUCAGCCAACCGGGGUUGACCAGACGCCUCCCUCAGAGCGGCUCGUCGACUAGAAACUUCCAGCAAGCAAAUGCCCGGGGUUGAGCAAGUGAACCGAAGUAGCUUCGGGUUUAAAGGCGAGCCAGCGAGAGAGCAUGAGCCGCCCCCCUUCUGUCUCUCUGUCCUUCUGUCUGUCCCUAAAGGAGGCUCCGCCCUUGGCUUGACGAUCACCUGCCGGAGAGGCUGUGGCCACUGGCUGUCGCGAGGCUGCUACGUUGGCGGCAGGCCUCCGGUCCCCACGGUGGCGGCGCACCCGUGGCCAACUCCUCAGUCUCGCGAGAGGGCCGGCUUGGCACGUGACCCGGAAGCCAGGCGGCCAAAGGGCGAAGGGGCGGGGGCGGGGCUCCCCUGCGUCUCUGCAAACCUACAGGUGCGCGGUUAGUCCGGGCGGCCCCAGGGGCUCCACGGGCGGCUUCUCCAGCCGCCGGGUGACCAGGUGUCCCCAGGAACUUCUGAAUCUCACCAGGCCAAGCUGACCACUCUCCACCCCACAGAAGACGCUAAUGGUUUUUUAAAUCGAUUUGAGAGCCUCGGUAACGCAUGUGCAUUGCAUCUUUCCCAUCCCGGGUCAGAACAGAUUCAUUUCUCGCAACAUAGGGGAUACGGUAGAAGCUGCAGUGAUUUGUCCUUUUCAUGUCUGUUAAACCCGAUAUAGAAUAUACUCGUUUCUUGUACCCCCUGCGCCUUCCCCUCCCCCCCCCUUCCUUCCUUCUGUACCACCUGCGUCCAAAAAAGAAUGCAUCGUAAGCACUUCUCAGUGUUCGGCGUGGGGUUUGCGCUGUGAGGCCGAGCUCAUCAAAGGAAAUAAGCUAUUAUGUGAUAGUUGAGACGUAUCCUUUACUCUGGGAGUCCUACUGGGAGCUCAUCUAUCUAUUCUUACGGACGCGUUCACGUAGGGUAGAGACGCGGAAUUUCCGACCUGCUUCCCGGCCUCCCCACCCCGCACCCCCGAUGCCUGUGGUUUCCCUGCCGAUGCUAGAAUACUGUUGUCGUAAGAAUGACUAAGUUUUAAGGAGCCUGCCCUGACAAUGACCUAAAAACGAAACGAAAGACAGGAACUUGUCAUUUACCCCAUUUCUCCUUCGCAGGAUAAAAAGGUAUGGAAAGCCGUCAUGGGAUUUUCCUUUGGAUUUUGAUGGCGCUCGCCUCGAAGCUUCCAGGCUGUGAGGCUCAGGCCAGAUGAGCUGUAGCACAGGGGCCCCCUAAUGCCUUCUGGUGACAUCUGUAAUUACAGGAGAAAGUUUACUGAACCUGGAAAAAAAAAAAAGUUACAUCGAUGCUAAGUAUUUUUCCAGAAAUCUUGGUUUCAUACUUCCUCAUGCCUCUGCCUCGUUGUGCUUCUUCUAUCAUUAAAAAAACAAAAACAAAAAAAAAACUUAUUUAGAGAGUGAUCCAAAAUUCUAUUUUAACCUGACGUUGAGCACCUUUAAACUUUUUAGUUUAUUUGUGCGCGUGGCACUAAUUCUAAGCUUUGGAGGCAUCUCAAGUGUUGUAACGGCCCAUCGCCAUUGUGAAGGUUCUGGAACUGAACUGCCCAUUUGUCUCUGGAGAUGGAAUUAAACCAAAUAAAGUGCUUCCAUUGGAAGGCUUAUAUUGACCUUGUAACUAUACGUUAACCCUCUUAAAUGUUAAAUAAAAGUAUAACCUCUG